AUCAGAUUCAAGAUGGCUGCUGGGGAUAACAGCGGCAGGCCUCCCUGCCUAAAUUUAUCCGGCCCAGGGCCUUUGGGAAAUGGUCAGCCCAGCAACAGUGCUUAUUCAAUGCCUAUGUCCAACGGUGGGCCUGCUGGUGCGACCGGAGGGGCUCAGGGGGCUGCAAGGCGCCCCAACCCGCAGUCGGGGCCUGGCGGAGGUGAAAGCGCCGGUGUUGUUGCUGGAACUCCACCGACUGCACAUAACGCGAUUCAGCAAGCGCUAGCUCAAAGCGCCUCGGCAAGAGCGAUGGAGACCUCCGCUACGAACAUGACGUCGAAUGCGUCGGCUGCGAGUGUACCAACGACCCAUUCCUCGUUAUUGUCAGCACCAGCGGCCGCUGCUGUUUUGGUUUACCGGGAACCCGUGUACAAUUGGCAGGCGACGAAAAGUACCGUUAAGGAACGGUUUGCUUUCCUGUUCAAUAACGAGGUUCUGAGUGACGUCCAUUUUCUGGUGGGGAAAGGUAUGGGAGUGCAGCGAAUACCCGCACACCGAUUCGUUCUUGCUGUGGGCAGCGCAGUCUUCGAUGCCAUGUUCAACGGGGGUAUGGCGACCACCUCAACGGAAAUCGAACUACCAGAUGUCGAACCUGCAGCCUUUCUGGCAUUACUGAAGUUCCUGUACUCUGAUGAGGUUCAGAUAGGACCUGAGACGGUGAUGACCACUCUGUACACGGCUAAGAAGUAUGCAGUGCCAGCCUUGGAGGCCCACUGUGUGGAGUUCCUCAAGAAGAACCUGCGGGCAGACAAUGCCUUCAUGCUGCUCACUCAGGCUCGACUGUUCGAUGAGCCCCAGCUUGCCAGCCUGUGUCUAGAGAACAUCGAUAAGAACACUGGAGAUGCACUCGCCGCUGAGGGCUUCACGGACAUAGAUCUGGAUACAUUGGUGGCUGUGCUGGAGAGGGACACUCUGGGGGUGAGGGAGGUGCGUCUUUUUGUGGCGGCGGUGCGCUGGGCAGAGGCAGAGGCCCACCGACAGCAGCUACAGCCCACUCCAGAGAACAAACGCAGGGUCCUGGGCAAGGCCCUCGCCCUGAUCCGCUUCCCACUCAUGACUAUUGAGGAGUUCGCUGCAGGGCCGGCCCAGUCUAGUAUCCUGACAGACAGAGAGGUGGUGAGUCUGUUCCUUCACUUCACAGUGAACCCAAAGCCCCACGUAGAGUUCAUCGACCGGCCUCGCUGUUGCCUCCGGGGGAAGGAGUGCAGCAUCACACGCUUCGGACAGGUGGAGAGCCGCUGGGGCUACAGCGGAACCAGUGACCGCAUACGAUUUUCAGUGAACAGGAGGAUCUUCGUGGUGGGCUUUGGCCUCUACGGCUCCAUACACGGCCCCACAGACUACCAAGUCAACAUCCAGAUCAUUCAUACAGACAGUAACACAGUGCUGGGUCAGAACGACACAGGCUUCAGCUGCGACGGCUCGUCCAACACCUUCAGAGUCAUGUUCAAGGAGCCGGUGGAGAUCCUGCCCAACGUCAACUACACAGCCUGCGCCACACUCAAGGGUCCUGACUCUCACUACGGGACCAAGGGCAUGCGUAAGGUGACCCACGAGUCGUCCUCAACCGGCACCAAGACCUGCUUCACCUUCUGCUACGCCGCGGGCAACAACAACGGCACCUCGGUAGAGGACGGACAGAUCCCUGAGGUCAUCUUUUACACAUAGUCCCCUCUGACCUUAUGACCUCAGGGGGCUCGGGGAUCACAGGACUGCUGAGACUCUGGCCCUGUUUGAAUAUGUAUCAAAUGCCUAUCUUCACCCUGUGGACCUUCCUUGGUGAUGUACAGUAUCUCUGAUCGUAGGUGAUUGUUAAAUGUACAGGGAAACAUUGCUUUCACGCACUCAGACCUGUCGGAGGGAGGGGGCGAGAAGGCAUUUGUCAACUAUUCAAACAUGGUGUUUUUCUUUCUCUCAACUUCCCCCUUCCAUUACCUACCGAACGUGGAGAGGAGCCUGUUUGAUGUUGAGGGGGAGUCAAUUCUGAGUCGGCUUGUUUUUACUGUUACUAUGACUUACGUCUUGUCUGCUGAGGGAGAGAAAGGGAGGACUGCUUCCAGAGUCCUGGGGUUAAGCCCCAGAAUGGACUGGUGGAAGAGUCUUAAACUUGUCAGAAGUAUUUACAUGGGAAAAGGAGGAAAGCUUGACAUGCAUUUAAGUACCAACCUCUGUCUGCCUGUAUCCAAAAGCAUGUGAAAGAUUGAGAUGUAUCCAGGGGCUCUAAUGUAUGUACAGACUGUUACACUACCACUCAGAAGGGUUUGUUCAAAUAGGCUCCAGCUCUGAUCAGUGACCCACCAUACUUCAGACUACUCCAGUCGCUAUUCCUUUGCUCUAGCUCUUCAGGGAGUACAAAUAUGAAUGGACUGGAUAAAUGUGUGGAAGUUUUCUACUCAGCCUAUUGAAGGGCUGGUGGGGGCAAUCACAAGCUUAUACUUUUCCUAUCUCUUCAGAUCUGUACCACAGAAGGAAAUAAGAGACUGGAAUGGGAUUGGGCCUUUUUGUCCAUUCCACACUGGAGUUGUGAUGGAAAGAACCCAGUCUCUCCCUGCUUCAAUUGGGAGUCACAGCACAGGGCCAUGUGACAGUCUGGAGUUACACCAUAGACUAGUGGCCAAAAAGCUGUAUUAACAUGGGCAGCGCCAUUGAGGGCUUCCACAAUUUUAAUGUAGUCAUCAACUGGGUUGGACUUCCAACUUCAUUGGAUGAUCCCUCCUGGUGACUAUGUUGGAGUCAUGUCCAAUUGGAUCAUCAGGAGGGAUCAGCCAAUUGUGAAGAGUAAUAUUGACUACUUCAAAAGGGAGAUAGCAUGGGCAGCGCCAUUGAGGCUAUAAUGGCACAGAUAAAGAUGAGUACUCUCUCUGAGUUACACUUAACGAAACUUGGAAAUAUCUGCCCUCCACUACCUAAUUUUAUUAAGACAGCAUUUCAACCAUCAGAUCACCAUAUCGAAAUGUCUUCUCCCAGGAUAUUCAGCACUAAAUCAGAGCUUUUGGAUUUGUUUGUUCUGCCUGUUUAAACAUGAAUAAGAGCUAGUGUAAAUCCAUUUUAACAGCCUUGUCUUGAAAUGUCCAGCUGGGGAAAUUAUUUCCUUUCACAAAAUAAGUUUGUGGGUUGUAUAUUAUACUGGCAUUUAACAUUAAUGUAGUUUGAAUUCACAAUGGAUUAAAAUGUUAGUUUGUGGGAUUGUCCCUUU